GGAUAAAUAAUAUCGUUGUGAGUUCGUUAAAUAAAUCCUGCAACAAUGGAUUGCACUUCCUAUGGGAUACGCGGGUGGCGCUGUAGGCUACCUCGCGCACGUACGAUCUGCAGCAGAGUAAGAGAGAACUGCUGUGGGUGGAGCUGUGAACCUAAUGAUUCGCCAUUUUCUCUCUCUUAAUGCUCUGUGUGCAGGUAAAUGUUUUAUUUUAUAGUGUUUUAUAAUUUUACUGUUCUUAAAGUUGUAUCUAUAUAUAAAAAGGAUGAUUUAAGUGUACUGUGAACAAGAAAUGUUCAUAAAAAAUAUUGAGUAAAGCAGAGUAAGAGAGAACUGCUGUGGGUGGAGCUGUGAACCUAAUGAUUCGCCAUUUUCUCUCUCUUAAUGCUCUGUGUGCAGGAAAUAAAGCUUUUCAUCCGCAUUUUGAGUUCCUGUGUUGUUUAAGAGUGGGGCAGAUCACUUACGAGAAACCAAAAGUCACAUUGGUGCCGUGACUCAGGACUUCAAUCGAGGUGGUCGAAGAUCAUCUGAACAUCAGACCGGCGGGCCUGUCUUCAUUCUUCAUUGCACAGGACUUUCAGCUAAGCUUUACGGUUAAAAAAAAUAAAUAAUAACCGUGAUAAGUGACUCUUGCAUAGACACUUGGAUGUGAUUUUAUUUUAUUAUUUAAUUCAGAUAUUCCUGCAUUUGUUGAUAGUUCUGUGGACAUUUUUUUCUCUUUUCUCACUUUUACUUUUUUUGUUCAGUGCUUGAUUAUGGAUCACGCUAAGUUAACUGGAUCUGGAUAUAUGGGUACUCCAGUUAGUGUUGGUCGAGGGAGAGGUCUGUUAGCAACACCAGUUCCUUUUCCAGACAUUAGCUAUGGUUUGGGGUUAGGAGCUAAUGCUAGUCCUGAUCAAAAGGCUAAUGAGGACACUGAUCGUGUAAAUUGUAACAAUUCUGAAAGUACACAGCCAAUUAGCACCUCGACGCCAGUUCUUACUAGUGACAUGAUGAGUCAGAUGGGUAGCAUUGUACAACAAGUAGGACUGCAACUGGCAGACAGUAUUCUUGAACAUUUAAAUUUGCGCAGUCAGACUGAUGUCACACCAAGACAGAGUCAUAAUAGCCCCAAUGGUAGAUAUAUGACUGACCAAAGCUCUGCAUCGAGUGCAUCUCAGAUUCAAGUAGUACGCCAGAGGGAAGUAAAAGAUCCUCCAAUCUUCAGAGGCAACGCAUCAGACACGGUUACCCUGGAUGAGUGGGUGGAGCUCAUGAAAAACUUCAUAAGGAAAGGACUUCUGCCUACUGAAGAACAGGGUGAGGAAAUUUUAAUGCACUUGAGAGGUAAAGCCAAGGAUGUUGUUAAAGUGGGGAUGCUGUCUAGUGGUUUGAAUGUCAAUACAGAUCCAGAUGCGAUCUACACAAUUCUACGGAAGCACUUCAGUUGUCAGCAGUAUUCUCCUAUCCCACUGCAAGAUUUCUACACUACUCUCCCAGAGCCUCAAGAGGAUCCCUUUGACUACUGGUUGCGUCUGAACCGUACUGCCGACAUCACAGCUGAGUGUUUAAGACAGCAGGGGAAGGUACUAGACAACCAAUUGAUUGAAGUAACACGUAUGUUCAUUCGGAAUUGUCCCAGUUCAUAUCUAGCGUUGACAUUUCGCUCAAAAACUAUUGACAACUGGACGGCGUAUGAAGUACAAGAGAUUCUGAACGAGUAUCAUUCAGAGAAAAGUCUCAGAGUCACAGGACAAGAAACUAAGCUGACUGGAUGUGAGCAGAAAGUUUCGGUGAAUGAGAUGAAGGUGAGCCCUGGGCCCUGUCCAGUGACAACUGAACAAGAUUCACCACAGUCAAAGCAGUCAGACAAUAUGGCUCUGGAAAAGGUGAUCGAUAUGUUGGAAAGAGUUCUGAUGAGUAAUAGUGGUAAUGCACAAGUCAGCAAGGAUUACAGGAAGAGACACAUCAUGUCUAGAAUUCCAGGCUUGAAUGAGACGCCAUGCUUGAAAUCGGUGCCCGAAGGAAAGGAAGACUACCUCCUCAAGCAGCCAACAGUUAAACUAAAUGAUCUACGUGUGAGGGAGGAUCCCGUAGAUUUUGAGAGUGAAGCUCCCAUUUCCAGUUUUGAUGAUGUGAGGAAUUGGUGUUCAGAGAGUACCAAGAGCUGA